AUGGAAUAUGUUUUUGUUGACGAUUUGCACAGAUAUAAAAGAUUAAAGGUGACGCGCGCUUGUGAAUCUUGUCGCAGAAGAAAGGUUAAAUGUGAUGGAGGUUCCGGCGGCUCACAAAUUCCUUGCACAAGUUGCAGGAAAUUAAAGAUUGAAUGUGUCUUCUCAAAUAUGGCUAUGAGAAGAGCUGCUCCAAAAACUGAAUUGGAACAAAUGAAUGAAAGAUUACAAAGGUCCGAAAGUCUUUUACAAAAACUUGACGAAGAUGAUAUUACAAAACAAAAAAGAGUAAAAAACGUCGAUUAUAUUGACUCUCUGACAGAUAUCUUGGGACACAUGAAAAUCGAAAAUAACGGUCGUGCCAAUUAUAUUUACGCAAUGGAAGGAAAAAUACCUAAAGAAGACUCUUUUCCCACCAUCGCCAACACCACUAUACCAUUUCAAACCACUUUAUUUGUCCUAUCCGAACCACCAUUAUUAUCAUGUCAUCAAAUUCCUGACUUAUCAAACGAUGAUAACAAUUUCUCCGAUCUGGUUUCCCAUCUAGUUGACCUCUACUUCAAUCACGUUCAUCCUUAUCUACCAAUUAUACACAAAGCAAAUUUUCUACGUCGACUCCACGAUAAAACAAACCCAAUUUCUCCUCUGCUGCUUUAUGCAGUUUUUGCUAUGGGUUCAAGAUUUUCUGAUGACGUUAGAGUACGUUUGGAUCCAAUGAAACCUGAAACUGCCGGAUUUUCUUAUUUUAAUCAAUUGCUUGAUGAUUUUUUGGACGCACCAAGAUUAUCAACGAUCCAAGCACAACUUUUAAUGAUGAAAUUUCAAGAAAAUACCCAGAAACCAGGUUUUUUCUUUAGAUCUUGGUUAAGUUUUGGUUCUAUAAUUCGUAUGGCAGAAGAGUUAGGCUUAAAUAAAAAUUACGAUGAAUGGAAUUUACGCUUAUCAGCAGAAGAUGCGAUUGUUCGUAAAAGAGUAUGGCAAGCCUGUUUCUUAUUCGAUCAAUUUAUGAGUGGUGCACAAGGUAGAAGUGCUAUAGUUUCAUUAUCAAAUGCAGACAUCGAACUUCCGAGAAAGGAACAUUAUGAUGAUGAACAAGAAUUUCAAUUACAAACGGAUUUUAUUCAUCUUGUAAGAUUAACAAAAAUUCUUGCCAGUGUUAUGUCAUUCAUAUCACCAGCUGGAUCUGGAUGUUCCCCAAUAUUACAACAAUCAUGGAAUCAUUUAGUUAUUUGUACAAAUGCUGCCAAUAAUGCUUCACAACUUGCAUCUGUAAUGUUAGAACGUUGGUCUCCACAAGUAUUUCAAUACACUCUUCGUGGUGGAAAUUAUGGUGUUUAUUGUUUGGUGGCAUCAUCAAUGAUUCAUCUUGUCAACAUGUCUUCUCCUGAUUUAAGAUUUUCAAAACCUGCACAUGAUAAUUUAUUAAGGACAUUGAACGUUUUAAAAAUUUGCGUAGAUCAUAGUUCUGCACGAGAAUUACGUGAUAAAGUACAUGGGUUGGAGGUGGCAUUCUCGGCUCAACAAUCAUUAGGUUUAAUAAAACAACCACUGUCACCUUCUACUACUUAUCCAUCAUCACAAUUAAAAAACAGAUUAUCAUCAAUAAAUUCAGACAUAAUAAUAAGUCAACAUUUAUCAAACUCAUUAUGUGAUGGUGAUAAUAAUCCAACUUCUACAAAUUAUUGGGACACUGAUCACUUUUUAAUUUGGAACCAGUUAUCAAAUGGCCGCCAUCAUCAACAUCAUCAAUUACCACCUCCUGAUUAUUGUUCAUCAUCGCCUUGUAAUUCACCACCGACUACAAUUGUUGAGCCGGUAAUAGUCGCAUCUCAAAAUAAUGAGGAUUUGAUACCAAUUAGUUUUUCGAUAUGA